CAGUGUGCGUCUUCACCCCUAAGCUAGCUGGUGGCUAACACAACAUCGAGUGGCAUCAAACUUCAGUGAUUUGGAUUAAGACAGAAAUCCGAUGGCGAGUUGUUCGCGUUACCACAAGCUUCAGUGACCGGACAUGGAUCCAGGACGCGGGGAGCGGCGCACCAUCUUACACGUGAAAUAAAUACGUGUGUGAAACAUUAGUUAGCUUAGCGGCUAGCGCUUUUGGCGCUCGGGCUAAUUUUGAGCUUUGCCGAGAUUGAGCGCUAUCUUAGCUAACAGGCUAACGGCUAACAGGCUAACGGCUAACUGCCCGUGCAGUAGUUUCAGGGUCCGUGCGUUAGCUUAGCCUUCUUACCUCAGCUUAACUUCACAGUUAUUUACACAUUUUACUUUUAAUAACCAAAACACAUUGGAUUAAAACCACCACAUCUGUUCAGUUAUCAUCAUCCUCACUGAUGAAGAAUGAGUGUGUGUUUGGUGCUGGGGAGUGAAUCAGGAACCCUGAUGGCUGGAUCUGGGUAUCAAAUGGUUGUGUGAAGAACCAUGGGAAGCUGCUGGAGCUGUCCAGAUAAAGAAUCCAUACCUGACAAUCACCAGAGCAAGUUCAAGGUGGUGAAUGUUGACGAUGAUGGUAACGAGCUCGGGGCUGGGAUCAUGGAGCUGACCGAGGACGAACUCGUUCUCCGCACACAAAAGUGUGAUGCAGUCAGGUGGCCUUACCUGUGCCUUCGUCGCUAUGGUUACGACUCCAACCUCUUCUCUUUUGAGAGCGGACGCCGCUGCCAGACUGGGCAAGGAAUCUUUGCGUUUAAGUGUGCUCGAGCAGAGGAGAUCUUCAACAUGCUGCAGGACAUAAUGCACAACAACAGCAUCAGCGUCGUGGAGGAGCCUGUGUUUGAACCUGCGCUCACACACACGCACACGGAGCCGGACGCUCCUCAAACGCCUCGUACUCCCACCGGUGGUGCUCUUCCUGUUUUACCCAAUGGUAGUCUGCGGUACCCUUCACUAGGUGACGCCUCCUCCCACCCCUCCAGUAGGCACCCUUCAGUGGGCAGCACACGCCUGCCGUCUGUGGGAGAAGAGUCCACUCACCCGCUGCUGAUGCCUGACGACAGCAUACGGGGCCACACGUAUGUGAACACUACAGGACUCUUGGAGGAUCACAAUGCAGGUGCAGGACAUGGUGACCCUCCAGCCCCCCAUAGCCCUGCCCCAGAGGGGGAGGAGCCUGUGCAGGCCCCUGACCCUGGUCCUCGUGUACAGCUGGAGCGUGAGGGUGUGAGGUUUGUGUUGGGGCCGACGCCUGUGCAGAGGCAGCUCAUGGCCAGGGAGAGGCAGCAAGAUGGAGGGACAUCAUCUUGCUCCACUCUAAACUCAGCUAACGGAGGCGUGGCCUCUACAGAGGCAGCUCCAGAGCAAUCAAACGGUCCAGUAUUUGGCCCAUCACGCCGCAGGCCCCGCCCCCCACCUCUCAGCCCCGAUGCUAACGUAAACAAUUCGGCCCAGCGCAGAACGGCGCUGCUGGACUACGAGAAUCUUCCCUCGUUACCUCCGCUGAGGGAGGAUCCUAAAGCAGGAGACGAGGAGGAGGAUCAUGACGAGGCCGUCAGGACCAAGACCCAGCCGCCCAACGGUUACCACAGCACAGACUCUGCCCAUCUCUACAUCAACACAGAGAACGUAGCAUCGGCAAUGUGGCCAGAGUCGGUGCCUCUGAGUGCGGGGUGGGUGGAGUCUGGACCGCUCAGCGCCGGGAGGGUGGAGUCAGGGCGGUUCAGCGUGUUUAACUUCGACCUGCGGCGUCCGUGUGAGCCGCACACACUCAACUACAUCGAGGUGGAAAUGGACCCGGGCUCAGACUGCAGUACGCCCAGAACACCACACACGCCUGCAUCACCGCGCCCUCCCACGCCCACCACCGCCCCAUCCACGGCCACACCCACACGCAGGACUGAACUAUACGCGGUGAUCGACGUGGAACGCACGGCAGCCAUGUCGAACCUGCAAAGAGCGCAGCCUCGCUACGACGGUACAUCCAGGAAAACCAGACACAACAGCGUGGACCUGCCCAUGUAACCACACCCACUCCUUCUGACUGACCACGCCCACUUUCUUUAUCUCUAAAACUUUGAGAAACCUUUAAAAGGCACUCAGCAGUUUUUGAAACGCCGUAGCGACGGUUUUACUCGCGUCGGGUGGCCGUGCACUCGCCAUCCCGCGCCUGACCUUCACCACACAGCUGGACUACAGUGUGUGUGUGUGUGUGUGUCUAUUCCAUACAGAUCAGUAUUACUGAUGGAGCAUUCCUGUUUGUUUGUGGAUUUGUUUUACUUUUGUAUUGAAAUGACACUACAGGUUGUUUAUAAUUUCAUUAUCCAGGGACUUUACGGUACACAACAGCUGCCAUCAUGAUGAAUACAUUUAGAUUUCACUACAGCACAAUAAAAGACUUUAUUUUGUUUGA